UGUACUCUUACAAAGGGCGUAUAAAACAGCAGGAUAUAGUGGUGUGUGGUACACUAAUCUACACUUGACAGUGUUUAGAAAGGUUUCACUUUUCAGUGUUAAAUGCACCAGUCUUAAGUUCUUACAGACGCGUGUGCCAUCUAAUUUCCCCAGUAAAGCUGCUGUUGUAUGUCAACUACUGUCUGUGUAAUUUCAGGUAGUGUGCUGUAAAUCGAGGCAUGUUUAACGCAAGGUCAGAUACAGUAGUUGAGAAGAGAUCCCCUAGUGAGACAGGGAGUGGGGACGGUGUCUGCACAGCUUACAGAACAGAAUCCUGCUCCCCCAGUAGGACCCCUUUCAGCAGGAUCACUAGCUACAGCCGUGGCAGCAGCAGCAAUCCCAGCGUGUCUCGGGAUGCCAGCUCCGAUCCGGACUACUCAGAGUCUUUCGAGUCCGAGCACAGUUCAGACAGCUCUCAGUGUAGUUCAGGCGUAACACCAUUCUCAGCUAGGAAGAAGCAGAAUGAGAACAGGGAGAGUUUGCCAGCAGUCAAAGUUCGAAAUAAGAAUCCAUUGAGAAAUCCGCAAAAGUGGACCAGCUAUGUAAAAAACAACCGAACUGGUAGCAUCCCUCAGAUUAGCAUGAUCUCCCAUAAGCCAGGGAGUGGGCCUGAAGCACGUAUCUUGUCGGCCCGGCUCCACCAAAUCAAGAAGCUGAGCAACGACCUGCACGAACUGCAGAAGAAACUGAAUGCCGUCGACUUGGAGAACAAGCUCCUGAAGCAGCUGCAGAGCCGCCACGCCAAGGCUCUGAGGAAGUUUGAAGACUCCGAGAGCAGCCUGCCUCAGAUGAUGGCUCGCCACAGCAAUGAGGUGAAGAGCCUGAAAGAGCAGCUUCGCAGGUCCCAGGAGCAGGACCACAUCGUGUCCCACAAGCUGAGAGCAAGCGAAGCAGAGCUGCUGCGUACCAAAGACAGCCUGCAGAGGCUGCAGCAGCUCUCGGAGGACAAGAAGCUGGAAGAGAGGGAGGAACUUGCACGCAAGCUAACAGUGCUCAGAGUCAACACUGGAUACCAGGAAAAGAAGAUUCAGGAACUAGAGAAAAAGCUUGAGCUGUGCAACACUUCAUUUACUCGUCACCUGGCAGCAGAAAGCAGAAAGACCCUGGAAUCUCGAGAACUGUCAAAGUUCUUGCAGAUGCAGUUGGAUCUUCUCAAUAACAGGAUCCGGGAGAAAGAGAGAGAAUUGGAAAUUCAGUAUAUCUACUCAAAUAGGCUGCUGAAAGGCUCUUCUAAGAGGGACGUUCUGCCAAGAGUGAGAAAUGUAGCAAAAUCUGUUCAGACAGAUGAUUUCUUCCACCCACCACUGCCCUCUCCGUGCUCAGUACCCAAUGCCAAGGAAGAAGAGACAGAUACAGUGAAUAUGAUAACAAAUGAUUCAUAUCAAGAAAAGAUAAGUGACAACGAACAAAUGGAGGCGCUGCAAACAGAAGAAAGAUUGAAUGGAGGAGAUGAUUCUUAUAGACCAGAGCACGAUCAACUCAUUCCAGAAAACAAAGAGGAAGAUGAUGAAGACGAGGCAAGCCAGGAAGAAACAGAGGAAUUCGUCAGCCUGGAAGAACAAAAGAAGAGAGAAAGGGAGGACGAAGAAAAGCAUGAUUUGCUCCUUCGGGAGGCUUUAGAAAUGGAAGAGAGAGAAAGAAAAGACCAGACUCAAGAAAACAGUGAGAUGCUCCACAAUGAAGAAGAAAGCCAGAACAGUAUUGACGAGCUGUAUGAUUUUCCAGAGUUUUCCAAUACAGUGGAAUCCUCUGCUAAGAACAAUAACCCCCCCAUUAAGCAGAGGCGACAGUACACAUUUAAAGAGACUGUCCAAAACCUGCACCACGGGCGACCUGCUCAUGGGAUGACUGCCUCCAAAUUAAGCAACACAAGCUGGAGCAAAACCCCCACAAAACAAGCCAGUGGGCAGCUAGAGUGUGAGGAUUUGGGAAUAAGUGGGUACGAACCAUCCUUUUCCAAAGCCACAGCAGUGCCGAAGCAGAAUGGAGAUGGACUGGAGAUGAAGGGAGGAGCAGCAAGAAGCAAAAAGAGCAGUCUGAUGGAAGAACUUUUUGGUCAAAGAAAUAUGCUGCACAGCAAACAUGUGGGGCCAAGGGUUAGCGGCUAUAGCCAGGGAAGGAAUGCAAGAGCAAACUGCAAUGCACAUGCAAACCCUGCUUUACACACAAAGGACUGUGACUUUAACUUGAUGAAGAAUGACUUGCUGUACACAAAGACGACAAUGACACAGCCUACCAAUCGCUUGAAACAAAAGUGAGCUUUUUUGUUGUUGCCUGAAGCUAUUCAACAAAAGCAAUGUAUUAUUCCAAUAACAUGUAAUUUAUCAUUUGAUGUUGCCAAUACUAAAAUUACAGUAAUUAGAGUAAAAGUAAUUGAGAUGUGAUUUAUUCAUUUUGUUUGCUGUUUAUGUACCCAUUAAAAAGAAGUGAUUGCACAUUUUCUCAACCCACGUCUUUUUUAAUAGCAAUUCCUUCGCACUCAGUGCUAUAGAAGUCAAAGAGAAGACAAUUCUUUUAAACUUAAAAGGUGUCUGUUUUUAUAGAAAAGUGAGAGGAAGGUUGUUUUUGAAAAUAUGUCUUUGUUCUUGAGUAGAUAAAUGCGAAUAGAGGCAUUUCACAACAAAAGUUUGGCCAAACUCAGCAAUAAAGUUUAACAACAAAUGUUCACUAGUUUUAAUUGGAUGGGAGAAGAAUACACCUGGCAGGUUUUUUUUUUCCAGUAAUUAAUGUGUUUAUUGAUA